GGACUCGUCGGACGUUCGAUUCCGAUUUCAAUAACUCGAGACUCACGACCACUCAAGUAUUUUUACAAUACGUUAUUACGUUCACACUUCACAGUUUACUAGACUUAUUAUCAGUUAUCGUUUGCAAUGCCGAUCGUAAUUAAUAAUUUUAAAUACAUUUUGUUGACGUUUAAUAUUGUUGAUAAUACCUAUAUUUAUUAAUUAUUACUAUAAUUCUACUAACUAGUUUCUUUGUUUUUAAAGAGUUUUUAUCAUUCAGCAAUUAAAAUGUUUGCUUCAAUGUACAAAACACUUCUUAAUAAAUCCAAAAUUAACGCUAAGGAUAAAUCGAUUGUGGAGGAAUCUGAAACCGUUAAAAUUACUUCAAAUGAUAUCAAACACUUGCUAAAUGAAUUGAAUGAGAUCAAAGAUAAUUCAGAUAAUUGUUCCGAUGUUUACGAUAUUACUGAUGCUAUUGAGUUAUUGUCUAUCGUUGAUAAUCAUCCGGGACAUUUAAAUGACAAUACUUUAGUUGAAUAUUCGGACGACACUAAAAAUGAAGUACGCUCUAUUGGAAAAAACCAAAUAGGUGUUGCUACAAUUAAAGAUCGCGAUAUGAAAAAAAUUGUGAAUAAAAUGAAUCAUCUUCAAUGUUUAUUUACAUGGAAUGUAAAGUCAAAAAAUAAAAAUUUAAUUUUACACAUACAGAAUAAAUAUGGAGAAUACAACUUAAAUAUAUCUUCAUCUGAAUUUACAUUAGAAAGGUUUAUAGGUAAUUUAAUUAUUUUUCAUGAAUUAUUUCAUCAUGGUGAGCCCGAAUCAGCCCAAAUAAAAAUAUUGGAAAUUGGAAAAUGGCUUGAAGAAUUAGAUAAAGGUACUGAUGAGUUUUAUUUAUCUAUUAAAUCUGGUAUUCAACAUAUUAUGAAGGCAACUUUCAUUCAUAUGUUAUUUGCUAUGAAUCUUACUGAAGAAUGUAAAUGGUUAUUGGAUGAUAUUGUAUUAUUGUCCAUAAUGCAUUCUAAAUCAAGAGCAUCUAUACAUGCGAUACAUGCAGCUGUACUAAUUGAAUAUGGAAAUCCAAGUUAUUUAAAAAAAGCUUGUGAGACAGCUAAGAAAGCAUGUGCUUUAGAUCCUAGAACUUCUCAUUGGUUUUAUAUUCAUUCACUUGCGUUAACAGCUCAAAGACAAUUCUUACUGCCGUAUAAAUCAGUUCCAGCUAAAAAUGAAAUUAAUGCAAUUAAUCAAGCAAAUAUUUUGUGUAAUGGAAUUAAUGAACUUUUCAAAUAUCAUGAAAUUGUUCUGUUUAGAGAAACUACAGUUAGAAGUUUUUAUAAAAAUAAAAACAUCAAAUCGUUUAUCAAAAUUAUUAAUAUUAUUAAAACCUUAAUAAACAUGGAUCCAAAAGACCCUCUCUUGGUAAUUAACUGUGCUAGAAUAUUAAUGACUCUUCCAAUUAUGGUUUGUGAUUUUAAUUUGGGAAAACAAUACUUAACAAAAGCCUUUGAAAUGGCACCAAAUGAUCCAACUGUUUUACAAGCAAUUGAAAACACAGUUCAGGCCUUUAAAGAUAUUUCUAAUAAACAGAAACUUAAAAUAAACGAAAUAAUAAAACAAAAACCACCACCGUUGAAGAUGGAAAAAUCUAAAUUAGAAAUUGAUUUGGAAUUUAUUGUAAAAAAACAAAAAAAUGGGGAAAAUCCUAUUCCUUGCCUCACUGAUUUAGUUCUUAAAUAUGAUGGCCUUGAUAAAUCAAAAAUUAUAGCUCAGCUAUGUUCUUAUACAAUAUUAUUCACAAACAAUCUCAAAUGGAGCGUAGAAGAGUUUAUUAAGUUGAUAGAAAUACCAGGAAUUACCAACAAUAAUAUAAUUACUAAACAUUCUUCGUUGUUUGGUUCAAAGCCAUUUAAUUUAUCAGAGCUUAUUUGUAAUGAAAUCAGAUUGGCUACAGAUUUAAGUGGUACUUCUUCUGAUGAUAUGCUGUAUUAUUUUAAAACAUUACCUAAAAUCGUGGAAACAUGUAAUCUAAAAAUUCAAGAUGUUGACUCAUCCAUGAAGAGUAAGCUUAUUGUUGAUUCAAAUGUCAAUUCUAUAUUUUCAAAUGCAUCAGUGCAAAGUGAAACUGAAUCUUCAGAUAGCGAAAGUGUUAAAUUUAAAAAUUUAACUGAAGAAAUUUUAGAAAGGAAUUCAAAAUUAUACCCUUAUAUCCAACAAUUAUAUCAAAAAAUUUUAUCUAAUACACAUUCACGGUUUAAUUCGCCUAAUGUAUCGUCAAGAGAUUUUAAUAACUAUUUCAAUCAAAACUAUGCAAACUUUAGCUCUCAAUUACAAUGGAAUCCAUUUCAGGAUACACCACCAUUUCUUAGUUUAAUACCCCAGAUAAAUCCACAAAAUCCAAAACCUAAGCAAAAAAAAAACUUAAAAGAAAAAUAGGUUUAGCUAAUUUUCUUUAUUUUUAUUAUUUUUCAUUUAAAGUUACUAUGUUUUUCCAUCAUAUUUUUAGAAAUAAAAUGUAUCUAUAAUUAUAACAUAUUUUUAAUUCAAUAUUUUAAUACAUUUUAAAAAUAUGUUUGUAAUCUGGUUCAAUAAUAAAUAAUAAUUAAUAAUUA